GUAUGAAUAUUAAAAAUAUGGACAAAAGUGAUGGGUUGACAGAACAAAAGAUUGAAAUAGGUGGAGACAUAAGUGAUCCAAAAUACACUGCACCAAAUCGUGAUAUAAGUUUAAUCGAAAUAUUUUGGGAAAAUAUCAGAAGUAGCGAUUCUAAUCAAGCUAGAUUAGAGACAGAAAAUGCUGAAGAAAAUAAUAUUGAAAGUAAUGAAUCAAUUGAUAUGAGGAAUGGCAAUAGUGAAUCUGCAGAUGUCUGGUGUAGUAAUAGGAUAUAUGAUGUCAGUUAUUGUGAUCAAGGAAAAGUAACUGGUGAUGAAGUUGGAGUCGAUAAUGAGAUUAGUUUGAUUGAUUUUGAUAAAUCCGAUCAGAUUGAUAAAAGAGAACCUGAAAGUAUGCUUGAUGCAUUUAUUGAAAAAGAUUUAAUGACUUUGGAUAUAGUUCUAGAAAAAGAGAAGAUAGUGGAGGAUCUGUUAAAAGUGUUGAGAGAUGAUGACUCCGAUGGAUUUGUCCAAAUAGCAUUGGCAUACGAAUUUUAG